GCCCGCUUCCGGUGCCGGAUCCAAGAUGGCGGCGCCCAGGGUGCUGCUGGCGGCGGCCCGGCGGGUGGCGGCGGCGGCGGCGGCGGGAGGAGGGCGUGGCCGGCGGGCGGCGGGGGGCGUGGCCGGGCGGAGCCGGCUGUACGAGCACGCGCGCGAGGGGCUGAGCGCGCGGCCGCGGCUGGACGUGGAGGCGCUGAGCGGGCACGAGCUGGAGAGGAGGCGGGGCCCGCUGCGGGAGGGCGACCUGCGGGACAUCCUGCAGACCUGGGCCCGCCUGGGCGAGGUGCGCGCCGCCAUCGCCCGCCUCGAGGCCCAGAAGGACGCCGUGGCCCAGGGCGUGCGGGCGCUGGUGGUGAGUGCCCCAAACUGUCCCCAACUGUCCCCAAACUGUCCCCAGACGUCCGCAGCCUGUCCCUAAACGUCCCCAGAUGUCCCUAAACGUCCUCAGGUGUCCCCAAACGUCCCCAAACUGUCCCUAAAUGUUCCAAAAUUGUCCCCAAA